UAAGAGUACCGUCACUUUUAGAAUUUUGGCCUUGACUUUGUACCGAAGUGUCGGUUCUUGUGACAUCCCUACUGAAAACGGUCAAAUCGUUGAGUGUGGAACGCUGGACACUUUUCACACUCAAUUGUCGCCAUCUUGGCUACGUAUAGCGGAAGGGGCGGGACCACGACCACUAUUCAAACAUAGGAAAAUGGCGGCAGAUGAUGCAGGAGCUUUUGCGGUGCUGAACAACGUACCUUAUAGAUAUCUAUGGGCUACGUAGAUAUCAGAAUAAAACAAUACGUAAACAUACCGGUGCAUUUUCAGCCGACAGGAGGACACAUCGUAGGCGUAGGUGACGACAUUGGAAACGUAAUUUCCACUUUGCUUUCGUUUUCUGUGUAUUCUUGAUCAACAAAGCAGGCAGAUAUUUUGGCGGGUAGUUGACGAGUAAAACCUGAAGGAAGCAGCAAUGCAACACAAAGGAUGCCAGCUGCCGCAAAACCCUGAAGAAGAAGAUAUUUUGGCGAGUAGCGAGCUGCAGUGAAAUGUUUCGUUCGUCAUUUCCAUGCAAAACGGAUCAAUGCAUCAAAAGGAUGGUGUGAAUGAUGAUGAUUUUGAGCCUUAUCUAAGCGGCCAGACAAAUCAGAGUAACAACUAUCCACCAAUGUCUGACCCCUACAUGCCCAGCUACUAUGCUCCAUCCAUUGGUUUCCCUUACUCACUGGGAGAGGCCGCUUGGUCCACAGCAGGAGACCCUCCUAUGCCCUACCUUACCACCUAUGGACAGAUGAGCAAUGGCGAGCCGCACUUCAUCCCUGACGGUGUGUUCAGCCAGCCGGGUGCCCUGGGGAACACCCCUCCCUUCCUGGGCCAGCACGGCUUCAAUUUCUUCCCUGGUAAUGCAGACUUUUCUACCUGGGGUACCAGUGUCUCUCAGGGUCAGACCACGCAGACCUCGGUCUACAGUAACAGCUAUGGGUACGCCCCCAGCUCCCUGGGUCGGGCCAUCACGGACGGACAGGCGGGCUUUGGAAGCGACACCCAGCUUAGUAAAGUCCCGGUACUGAACAGCAUCGAGCAAGGUAUGACGGGCUUAAAACUGGGUACGGACAUGGUGGCAGCUGUCACUAAAACCGUGGGCUCCCCCCUAGUAGGCACGGCAGGUAUGAGCAGCAUGGCAGCCAAUAGCCUCCCCCCGUCUGUCAGCUCAUCCGCACCCAAACCUGCCUCCUGGGCAGCCAUUGCCAAGAAGCCGGCCAAGCCACAGCCCAAGGUCAAACCCAAAGCCAACAUGGGGAUGGGGGGAGGCGCCAUCCCCCCACCCCCCAUAAAGCACAAUAUGAACAUUGGUACUUGGGAUGAUAAGGGCUCUCUGAACAAGCCCCCGUUAGCUCAGACUAUGAUGCCCCCGCAGCCUAUGGUGCAGCAGCCUCUCCUAGCUCAGCCCCAGCCCCUUCUGCAGAACCCGUUGCCCCCUCAACACCAACACCAACACCAACACCAACACCAACACCAACACCAGCCCCAACACCAACACCAACACCAACAACAACAACACCAACACCAACACCACCAACACCAGCCCCAACACCAACACCAACACCAACACCAACACCAGACCUACCAUCUCCAUUCUCUCCAGUCCCCCCAACACCCCCAGCCUAUGCCCCCUGGCCCUCAGCACCUGCACCUCUCCUCUCAGCCUGGCCCCCCACAGCCCCUUCAUCAGCAUCAGCAACAACCCCAGCAGCCUGGUCCACCCCCCAACCGCUGGGUGGCUCCCAGGAACCGGGGCGAGGGCUUCGGUCUGGGUGGGGGAGUCCCACUGAGUGCCUCCCCUUGCUCUGGCGAAGUGCAUCCCGUGCUGGAGAAACUCCGCGCCCUCAACAACUACAACCCCAAAGACUUUGACUGGAACUUGAAAAACGGACGUGUUUUCAUCAUCAAGAGCUAUUCCGAAGACGACAUCCACCGCUCAAUCAAGUACUCUAUCUGGUGCAGCACAGAACACGGCAACAAGCGUCUGGACGGCGCCUACCGCUCACUGGGCAACAAGGGGCCCCUGUACCUGUUGUUCAGCGUCAACGGCAGCGGGCACUUCUGCGGCGUGGCUGAGAUGCGCUCACCGGUGGACUACAAUGCCUAUGCAGGCGUCUGGUCUCAGGACAAGUGGAAGGGCAAGUUUGAGGUGAAGUGGGCAUUCAUCAAAGACGUGCCCAACAACCAGCUGCGACACAUCCGGCUGGAGAACAAUGACAACAAGCCAGUGACCAACUCCAGGGACACUCAGGAAGUACCUCUGGAGAAGGCCAAACAAGUGCUUAAAAUUAUCGCCACUUACAAGCAUACCACCUCAAUCUUUGAUGACUUUGCACAUUACGAGAAACGUCAGGAAGAGGAGGAGGCUCUGAGGAAGGAGCGCAAUAGAAAUAAACAGUAACCUUCAAGCAAGCUCUCUCCGCUAGAACUGCAACACUAAUGACGUAGGACCUUAAAUAAUAAAAUUUGCCUAACCACAAGGAGGAAAGGCUUUCACAAAUCUUUCCGCUGAAGACGACAAUGUAUCUGAACACUUGAACAUGAUAAUAGAUGGACUCAUCUGUAUCCGUUGACUGGUGCAUCAAACCCCGUGUUCCUGUCUCACGAGAAAAAGAACGUAACCCACUUUGAAAACUGUCUUUAAAGCACUUUCAGUCCUCCUACCAUUACCCUUAACUCUCUAACUCUGUGUUCUUCUUCUUUGAUUUUGUUUGUGAGCAACUAACUGACUAACCGUAAAGUAGUCAGAAGAUUUCACCAGGCUUAUUUGUAAUUUUUUUAAUGCCUCAAAUGUUUGGGAUAUUGGCGAGCUUCAUCAGCUCCUGAGGAGAAUUAAAGAUGUAUGAAUUAAUCUUUUACUUGAAUCUGUAUUCAGCCGUCUGAUCCUCCUCAGACUGAGGUUUGGAUGAUUGACAGGUGGGAUGAAAUAAUUGGGAAACAGCCACAAUCAUGCCAAUCAUAGGAUGUAUCCUCCCCCUUUACCUGUUCCCUUCCUUUCUGCAUCUGUUUCUGUGUACCAAAAGAUUACAAUUAUGCAGCAGGCUGGUGAAGCACCGGCCAGUGCACAUCUUUGUUUUUUUUUCUUUCUUGUGAUUCUGUCAUUCUGAAGUGCAUUUGUCUGAGGAGAAACCUGCUGAACUAGCGGUGGCCUCCUUGGGUCCUGUGGGUGACUGUCUUUGCUCUGAUGUUGAUGUACUCUACCGUACCUCAGGCUCAAUCAGACUGUCUGUCCUCAACAACUCUUAAGCACUUUUGGGAGAAUCCCCACAUCUGCCCCAUCUGGCUCGGCUCGACUGGGAUUCCCCCAAAACGGCAAGACAUCAACUGCAAGGAUGUGACAGUUUUCUCCUCUAGGUAACUCACUAGCUAAAUAAAAAUUAUCCAUGUUUAGCGCUAAA